GAGGGGGCAGGGCGCAAGUUAUCAUGGAGGAUCAGUAGGCAACUUGCGGCCAACAGAGAAGGGCAGCUACCCGUCUGAUCCCCGGGACUUUUCUCAACUGCUCAGCGCUCGGUUCUAAACAACCACACGUCACAGUUAAACAUGGAUAUGAAGAAGAGGAUUACUUUAGAGCUGCGGAACCGAAGCCCAGCAGAGAUUGUGGAGUUGGUUGUGGACAACAGUCGGUCUGCCGAUGGCGAGGUCGAAGGUCUGACAGACGAGUUCACAGAGCUGGAGUUUCUCAGCGUGGUCAACGUCGGUCUGAGCUCACUGGCGAAGCUGCCUUCACUGCCCAAACUACGGAAGUUGGAGCUAAGUGACAACAACUUAUCGGGGUCUCUGGAGACUCUAGCACAGAAAUGUCCCAACCUGACCUACCUCAACCUGAGCGGGAACAAGAUUAAAGAGCUGAGCACGUUGGAGGCGCUGCAAAACCUGAAGAGCCUGCAGAGUCUGGACCUGUUUAACUGUGAGAUCACCUCUCUGGAGGAUUACAGGGAGAGCGUGUUCGAGCUGCUGCCUCAGGUGACUUACCUGGACGGCUUCGACCAGGAGGACAACGAGGCGCCAGACUCUGAGGCCGACGACGAAGACGAGGACGGCGAGGACCGGGCGGGGCCGACCGGCGACUACGGGGAGGAGGAUGACGAAGAGGAGGAUGAGGAUGGCUCAGAGGGAAGAGAGGUGGGGCUGAGCUUUCAGGUGAACCAGGCCAAUCAGGAAGAUUACGAGGAUGAGGAUGACUAUGCAGAGGAGGAAGAGGAGCAGCAGGGCGCUCAGGGACAGAAGAGGAAGAGAGACGUAGACGAUGAAGGCGACGACGACGAUGACGACGAGGACAACUAGUUGUCGUCUGCGUGUCGUCCCGCCCCAUCUGGACCCAACCUCCACCAAGCAGCAGCCGCGGCGCUGCGACCCGAGAUAGUUGGUUUCAGUUUGUUAGAGAGUCACUCGUUUUUUAGAUGAAAUUAUAUUUAAAGAGAAAGAGAUUUGGUGUGAACUUUACCUGUUGGUUCCAGCUGAAGACUCCACACGUUUCCCUUUAACAAAAACAAAGAAAGAAAGAAAAGAAAACCUGCUUCAGGGUCAAACCCAAUGUUCGCCCACAACCAGAACCCCCUGAUCCAACGGCGCCUCUGGCCAGCUGAGGUUCUGCUUUCCUCAUGCUGCUGCCAAUUUCAAUGUCCAAGCACAGAAACCCGCUAAAUACGCCUCUCGCAAAUCUUCAGGGAAAACUUUUAAACCGAGAGCUGACCGCUCCCAAACACAGACAAUAUGAGAGAUUCCUGUCCACAUCCGUAACUCCAGGUUGUUUUAUUACAGAGCUGCUCAAAAGUUAAAAAAAAAACAAAAACUCUGAAAACAGAAACCCAGUGUGAAUCAUUCAGAAAACGUAUUUAUACUAAAAUAAGCUCACAUGGCCAAGACACUAAAUCUUACCAAGUACUUCUGGUCGAGUUUCUAGUUCAAAUAUCUUAAUACACUAAAAAUAAGACAAAACGAACAAGCAACUUGUCAGCAAAAUAUAGCAGCUUAUUCAGGUCAUUGAUUCCUAGCAACCCAGCUCUACACUUUCAGCAGGUCAUUUAAUUCAGUUCAAUUAAAAUAGAUUUUAUGGAUCACAAAGGGAAAUUAAAUGUUUUUUAUUUUAAUGCUUUAAUUUUUCCCCAUAUUUCAAGUGAAAUAAUCUGACAACUGAACGUUUUAAGGAAAUACUUACUAAAAACAAGCUCAUAUUUCUUGCUGAAAAGUUAUUUGCAAGUUAGUUUUAUGACAUUUGAAGUGCACUAGAAACUAGGCCAAAUAUACUGGAGCUAAAUGCUGCUUUCUAUUGGAAUAAUUUAGUAUUUUAAUAAAAAUUAUAUUUAUUCAUCUCUCCGUCUGAUUGGAAGUUGCUGAUUUAUUUUCAAACCUCUAAAUCAUGAGUGUCCAAACUUUUUGUCACAUCCAAAUUAAUCGCAGGCCAAAUAUCAUUUUUAAAAAAACUAUAAUCACCAAAAAUUUGAUUUAUUUUUAACAUAUUCAUCAAUAAAAGAAACCCCAUCGAAUUAAACAAAGUAAUCAGAUUUUUUUUAUAGGAACAGGAUAGCAGAUCAAAUUGUUUUUGUAUGUUUUCCCUGCCAUUUUUAAAACUUAUUAAUUUAUUUGGUGGCACAUUAAUUAACAUUUUUCAUAAACUUUGCCAGAAUUAUGCUUGAUAUCUAUCCUCCUGCUGAAAACAAACAAAACAAUGUUAAAGUAACUAAACAAUGCACAUUAUGUCAAUAAAUACAAUCAGUAAAUACAAGACAAUUAUUAUUAAAAAAUUAUAAGAAAUAUUUCAAAUGAAAUAAAUGUAAGUAAAUUAAUGAAAGGCAUCUAUUAUUUUAGGCUCAACUGAAGAAAACAAAAAAAAUAUUUUUUUAUGUUCUCAGGAUAAAAACAGGAUGGAAACUCUUGCUGUCAGGUGAAAUUUAGAGAAUAAGUGAAUGAUGUGGUUCUCGUUAUUAUGACAACACUUUGUGUUGCAGUGAACAGUUUUUAGGUAGAUUUUAAUUCAAAAGCCAUAGGUUUGUCCUAAUUUAUUUAAUAAAUUCUUUAAUUGUGGUCGGGGUUGGACCGCAAAAAAAUCAGUUCCAGGGGCCACAAACGGCCCCCGGACCUUAUUUUGAACUCCCUUACUCUACAUUAUGUCUAAAUCUUUGCAAUUUUCCUGUUUCAAAUGAUCCUGCAGCAACAAAACCCACAGAAACUCUUUUAAAAAUAAACUUCAGAGCUGAUUGGUGGCGCAGCUGGUUCCCCGUCAGAACCCUUCAGGGAAGCCAUGUUUGUCAGGUCAGAACCGCGUAGAUCCAGCCAUGUCCGCUCCUCUCCAGGUAGUGAUAGGAAGACCUGCUGCUCCUCAGGUCCACACAAGCAGACCCUGUCCUUUCGGUGUGUGUUUGACUCGUUGUACGUCGUUUUUUGUGCUAGAGUGGAAGGAAAUCUUAGAUUUGUGGGUUUUCUUUGAUUUGAGUGUUUUAUUGUUUUCUUAAUGUGUUUUUUUCUUCUUCUUGGUUUAUGUUGUUUUGAAUCAGCAGCUGUUAAUAUUUUUAAAGCGAGCGGCUCGUUGUUUGUUUUUUUAACUGUCAGAUCACCAUGAUGUCACAGCUCAGGCUCCGCCCACUUCCGGUUCUCAUGUUCAGAUUUUAACAUCCUUGACUCCUUUCCUCGCCUCCUCAGGCUCUCUUUAUUGUAAUCAGAAGGGGGCGCUGUGGAGCAACAAAGUGUCAAACCAACAUAAUUGCAAUCACAAGUCUGAAAAAAAAAAUAUUUCCAGAUUUUAUUUCCUGUUUAGUAUUUUAAAUGUUCUUUCCUUAUGUCAUUCUCUUCCUCCCUCCUUGUUUUACUCGUCUGUUUCUUAUUCCCUUUGUUUUUUUACAACCUUUUGUUUCUGUUUUUCUGCUUUCUUGGUUCCUGCUUCUCUUUCUUCCUUUGUUCCUUCACUGUUUUCUUCCAUCUCUUCUAGGGUUUUUCUUUUCAGCUCCUCUCUUGCUUCCUUCUUUAUCCCCUUCUUUUCCUCCCUUCUAUCCUUUCUUCUUUACAUCUUCCUUCUUUUCCCGUUUCCUUUAUUGCUUUUUAAUAGUUUAUUUUCUUUGUUUAGAUGCUCUCCUCUUCUGUUCUUUAGUUUUUUCCUUGUUCCUACUUUUCCUUGCUCACUUAUUUCCUUUUCUCUCUGUCCUUCUUUUGGCUCUGCACUGUAAAAACACAAAAUCUCACCAAGUGUUUUUAGUCUCAUUUCUAGCAGAAAUAUCUUAGUAUAGUUGAUAUAAACAAAACUAACUUUUCAGCAAAUUAUAUGAACUUGUUUAAAGUCAAUAAUUUCUUAAUAUAGAUUUUCCACUGGAAGAUUAUUUCACUAAAACUAUGUUGUUAUAAAUUAAAUAAUCUAUUAGUGGGUCUAUUCCUUUCUAAAUGAAUUUCAAGAUAUUAUUGACUCUGAAAAGUUAAUAUUUUUCACUGAAAAGUUACAUAUAAAGUUUUUUUCUUAUUUCAACUGUACUACUAUAUCUGCAUUAGAAGCACAAAGGUUUUCUGUUUUCUUUUCAGGUUUUUUUUCUGCAGAUUUUGAAGUUUAAUCCUGACCUCAGUUGUAAACAUCUGCAGUAAACACAACGUGAUUUAUUGAUUCUUCAGACACUCAAUAGAGUUAAUUUAAGGAGAAGUGAAGGAAGUGCAGGAAGCCUGAAUUAACAAAGGGAGACAUCUUUGUUUUUCUAGCCGUCAUUUUAAACCAACUUAGGCUCAACCUGCUGUUUGACUUCCUGUCUGUCUGUCAUUUUGUUAUUUUUAUGAUCUCUGACAGAUCAGCAUUAACAGUGUUCAUUAAAAUCUAUUUAUUAUGA